CCAGCUAUCCAAGACCGGCUAUCGCGCGGCGCCGCCAGGGAGUUGCGGUGUCGAGUGUUACGGAACCAGUACCUGGCUGUGUCGCCGACCUGUUUUGUGCGGAGCGAAGGCCAUAGAGCAGGGACAAUUAAGAUAUCACAAAAUGGGUUUCAUCGAUAUGCUGGGAUAUGCAACUGCCAUCUAUCUGGCGAUAAGACUGGGUCUGACGCUAUUCAGAUUUGUCUACACCAGCUUCUUGGGAGAUAUGCUUGGCCAUACUCCUGACUACAAGAAGCUCGGAGACUGGGCAGUCAUCACUGGUGCUACCGAUGGGAUUGGAAAGGCUUACGCCUUUGAGUUCGCGCGCCGCGGCCUGAACGUGCUCCUCAUCAGCCGUACGAUGGCCAAGCUGGAGCAGACGGCGAAGGAAAUCGAGGCCAAGCACGGCGUGCAGACCCGCGCGGUGUCGAUGGACUUUACUCGCGACCUGUCGGCCUACGAGCCGAUCCGCACCGCGCUGGGGAGCCUGGACGUGGCCGUGCUGGUCAACAACGUGGGCAUGAACUACGAGCACCCCGAGUUCUUCGUAGAGAUUCCCGACGACAGGUUCACGCAGGACAUCUUGAACUGUAACGCGCUCUCAAUGACGGCCAUGACACGCCUGGUGCUGCCUCACAUGCUGGCCAAGAAGAAGGGUGUCAUCAUCAACCUGUCGUCGUUCUCUGCCGUUAUGCCGACUGCGCUGCUCACCCAGUACUCGGCCACCAAGGCGUACGUGAGCCAGCUCUCGUCGGGUCUGCAGACGGAGGUGCGUGAACACGGUGUGAUCGUGCAGAGCACCACGCCCGCCUUCAUCUGCUCCAAGAUGUCCAAGUUCACCACGCCCCGUCUCUUCGUGCCCUCUGCUGACCAGUUCGUGCGGGCGCAGCUCAAGACAGUCGGCCUUGAGACGGAGACCUUUGGUUGCAUGUCCCACAAGAUACAGGGCAUGGCCGCCGGCCUGGCGAACCGCCACCUGCCCGAGUCAGUCAUGAGCAAGUACUAUUUCGACCGCAUGCUGGGAGUGCGCGCGCGCGCCAUCAAGCGGAAGGCGCGGAAGCAGGAGUGAGCCGGCGUCCAUUAGGUGGAAAUGACGUCCUCUGUGUGUGCGAGCACAGGUACAGGCCGUCCGUAGGGUGCGCUCUCGAGGGAAGUGUUACGGGCUGGGUCCAAGUUGCUUAUUGUCUGUGGCGUUUUUGUGGAUUUAUUCGUAGAAAUGAACUGCGUGUUUCAACCUAGAUUCGAAAACCGGACCAAGAAAUUGCGGCGAAUGUUUUGCUUGUUUAUGGAUUCUGCAUUAUGUCCGACUCACGCUACCACGUGUGUCAGACAUUCUGUGGCGGAUCUCAUCAUGUUAUUAUGUCACGCGUAAUACUCAAGAAGUAAAUCAAGGUCAUUGCUGCAGAUUUUGUGAGAAAAUGCUUACGUGUAAGCAGGGUGUGGCUCCCACUCAGCUGGGAUGAGAGCUCCAGCCUCCUAAACUUGGGGUAGGGAUUGGGUGAAAUCCGGGAGAAGCAAGCUUUAAUCUGCUAUUUUGGUAGUAGUUUUGGUCAUUUUUCACCGCUUAAUCCCCAAACCAUUCGUCUAAACCACACCUCUGAGUGCAAGCAUGUGUUUAGCUUGUGUAUAUGUUUGUUGGUGUUAUCACCUUCUCGUUCGGUACCGGGACCUACUUAUUCGAGGGUUAUGUUUAUGACGAUGUACGUUUUGCGCACUGCCGGCCCGGAACACCAUCAGCAGACGUCCGAGCGCGGAGAGGGUGGCCUGUUUCACGCUGUAGUUGAAGUGCAGCUCUGACUGGGAUAGCGCGCGGCGCCCGAGCUCGCUGCGAGAUGGCCGGGCCGCCGGGCAGCAGCUCAGCAGCGGAGGACGCUCCAGAGUGGACGGGGUCCGUGCUCCACCCCGGCCGGCACACGCAGGCUCAAGUGGUGUCGCGCGCCUGGCUCGGAAUCCGGCAUUGAAGGCACCGGCCGAGACGUCCACGGCUUGGCGAGGGCUCCGCCGGCGGAGCGUGUGCUGGCCGGACGCCGCGCCGCGGGAACUGUG